GUCUCAGCAGAGGAGCUGGCAGGGGUUAGCAGGGGUUAUCUGGAGUGGGGAUAGAGGGAAGAGAGAGUUGGGCAGCAGUGGAAAAAAGCUGCCUGGAAACAUCAUCCCACUGCACUUCCCUGCUUUUCUUUCCAUUUCCUCUCUCCCCACCUCCCUCCUCAAAUUCCACCCUUCAAAUCUGCCAACUUCAAAUUCUUCAGCCGUGCCAAUAGCAGCAGCAUCAUGGUGCUAUGCAGAGUGGGAAAAAAGGGACAGCCAUGUCCAAAAAGUCUCCUGGUAGUGCUGGAUCUCUUGAAUGCCCUGCAAUGGGAGAGAAGAAUAGUUUUUGAGCAUUUUUCUAGGAACAGGCCUGGGUGGUGUUACUGCAUAUGCAGGCAGCACUGGAACAAGGUCUGUGAAGGACCCGGGCUCUUCCUUGCUCUGUGUUCUGGUGGUGCGGGGCUGCCACGCCUUUGUUUUGGAGACCUUUGCACUGUAAACAGUUCUAUGAGGGAGCUGCUCUUGUAAUGGUUUCCUCUCAUUGGUCUGCUCUGAAUACCCUUGAUCCCUGCCAAAGUACAAAGGGCAUCAGAGCUGGAUACAUGAUAAUUUCCAGUUUCUGUUUCAAUAUCAUGUUCAGAUUCUUCAGGCAGCUCAGAGCAGCUCUGUCACAGACCCUUGGAAGCUCAAUGGCUGGCAGCUUUUUGCUAUGGAUAUGUGAUCCAUGAUAGGCAAUGUUGUAGGGGCAGUAAAUUGGUGAGAUACAUUAAAAAAGUGUUGUCUUGGUCCAAAACUGGGAGAUUGAAUGAAGGGUGAAGCACAGCAGGCAGAAAAGUAAAAUGCCAUGGGUUGAAAUUAUUGGUGACUAUCUGUUUAAUUUUCUUCUCUUUGUAGGUGCUGUGUCUAGGACAGAGUGCAGAGUGGAGACUUUGCUGGGCAGAGCAAGCAGCCUGGUGCCCAUCAGCUCUUCUGCACUUUGUUGUCUCCUGACUCAUCUGUCUGCUCCUGAAAAUGGAGUAUGUCUGGUAUUGGCUCGAUGAUUCCAAGCAGUGGAUUGAGUAUGGGAAAGAGCACCCAGGUCACGUCACUGCCACUGUAACAUCUGCAUUUCUGGAGAAUGAAUAUCAAGCUGACAAGAAUGGUGUUAUUUUUUUCAGGGCUGGUUCUCAGCAGUAUAAAUUAGACUUUUCAGACAUGGUCCAAACAAAUGUGCUCUUUAAAACUAAAAGAAGUGUUAUUCGACUGCCUAACUCUGAAGAUGGACAAGAUGGAAGCCAAAACAUGACUCUAUCACAUCAUGUCUAUCCUCCACAGUGGGACCAAACUGCACUACCUGAUAUCGGGUACAAGUUGAUACAGCUCAGCAAUGAUUCCCAAGAAUAUAUAAAAAUCAAGAGGCUGUUUGAGAAGACAAUGAAAAAUUACUGCAUCAAACAACUGCAGAGGAUUCAGAACCCAACACUUUGGGACAUUUUUCAGUGGCAAAAAGAAAAGAUGAAGAAGCUCCAUCAAUUGGAAGGGGUGAAUGAGAGGCUCCUGUUCCAUGGCACAAGUCCAUCCCACGUGUCUGCCAUCUGUGAGCAGAACUUUGACUGGAGACUCUGUGGGACUCAUGGGACAAUGUAUGGAAAAGGAAGCUACUUUGCCAGAGAUGCCAGCUAUUCCCAUGAGUUCUGCUCCUCUCUCGGUGGGCGCUACAGCAUGUUCGUAGCUCAGGUUCUUGCUGGAGACUUUGUGCGGGGGAACCCUGAGUACUGCCGCCCUCCACCCAGAGACAAAAAUUCAAACAGACUUUAUGACAGCUGCGUGGAUGACCCAACAGACCCUUCCAUCUUUGUCAUCUUUGAGAAGCAACAAAUUUACCCUGCCUAUAUUUUGGAGUACAGCCUUGAGACCAGCUGUGUGGUCCUGUAAUGAGCGGUGGAAUGUCUUUAUGACCUUGA